ACCCGUCAUGAAAGAUUAUUGCUGUUGCCGGGAACAAAGAAAGAGAACGCUGGCUGUUUGUUAUCCUCUAACGAAGGGCUGGAACUCACGCUGCAGCAUCGCAAAUCCCCCCUCCGCCCUUAUUGAUGUUGGAGGCUCAUUAGAACGGAUGGAUCGUCAAGUCGUUGUUGUGUUCCCCAACCGUCGGAGUAGCCCUAUAUUGACAUUCUUAUUCCUUUUUUUCUUUUCUAGAUUUUAGUUAAUACUCUUCUUUUGUCACAUCUUGCCUUUUAAAUUUAGACGCCAAAACUCAUCGACAAGACUUUUGAACUUGUCUGUAGAGCGCCAAAUGUCUUUUCUCUCUCUCUUUCAUCUCCAAAGUUUUUCGGAGCAGUCGGUUGGCUAUGUACUACUUUGUGCAUUCGCCAUCUUUGUCGGCGGAUGGUCGUCGUCGAGGACGUUAUCGAGUUCCGCCGAAGAGGUUUCUAUGUGCAUGUGUCCAACGCCGUCCGUAUUUUCCCUUUUCAUCCGCUUUUGAAGCCGACAAAAAGGAAAAAGAGAUGGUGGGGGGAGAGACAGAGAGAUCCGAAUGUGUGCGCGCGCUUGAUGCCAACCUCGACGUCGGGAGGCUCGACUGGCGUCUCCAUCCGAAUAGCUGUCAGACGUCGAGCGUCUUUGUGAGGUGGUUGUUGCUGUUGCUGUCGUCGAUCCCUUUUCCUAUAUAUCUUUGAUAGCAUUAUAUAUCUUUUCCCUUAUAAAUUAUUUCUUGUCGUCGUUGUUUUUUCAUCGGUGAAAGAUAACAAGAUUAUUUGGUUUUUCCUCCCCCUCCCCAUCCGUCGUGUGAAAAUUCCGCAGCUGUAAAUUUUCUGCCGGAAUUCGAUUACGUUUUCGAAAAAAAAGAGAGACGCUUUUUGGGUUAUUGUUGGUUCUCUUUUUGAUUGCGGAGAGUUGGAGCGUGUGAUUGAGUGAUUGGUUGAGUAUUGAAAAAGUAAUUAAAAGAUAGACUGUGGGGGUGCCGCCAGCAGCAGGAUGGAUGGUCGAUUAUGGAUGUUGACCGUCUUCUUGAUGAUGGUGGUCGUGUUUCCAGCCGCAACGUCCGCUCUGAGAUGUCUCAACUGCAAGGGCUGUUCCAAAUUCGAAGAUAGUCAAGCGGUGACUUGUCCCUCUUCGGCCGACAGAUGUCUGAAAUUGCACCUGCCUUCGGGCCUAAUCAACCGCGAAUGCGGCGAUGAGAAAACCUGCGUCGACACAGACGAUAUGGCAUCCACAGCCAGUGUAUAAAUAAAUGAAAGUAGGGCACAGGGGUUAGAUUUCUGCAUGCGAUUAGACCACGAAGAUCCCAGCUCCUCUCUCCCGGUAGGUUAUAUAGAGGGGCUGUUUAUUAUCAUUCCUUUGCGUGAUAACAGAAGAAGGGGGGGGGGAGGGGAUCAGCUCUCUUCUGUAUAAUAACACACUUUCACUUUGCCAAACCGAAAAAAGAAAUACGCAAGCAUCUGUGUGUGUGUCUCCAUAUGUCGCCGUCUUCGUGACUAUUCACUCGAAUGCCCUUCUUCUUCUCAACUCCAUUUCCCAUCGUGAAUAUAAUCACACAAUAGACCCUCCCCGUUUUCUCGUCGUCUCCAGUUGACUUUUCUUCUUCUUCUUCUUGUUCACGAAGCGCAUUUUUUGUUCUCUCGGUCGCGGGAGAGAAAUUUGGCUUGCAAAUUUUCGAAAUGCUUUUGAUGCCAGACACAAUCGAGGAAAAGGGCUGGCAAAAGGAAGGGAAAUGAAAAAACAUGGCGGUGGCCACACUUAAUCUUCAUGUGUUUUGUGUGAGAUUUGGCAUUUAUUUUUACUUAUAUACUGACGAGUGGUUUGAUGGAAUCCUGUUGUUUAUUCCCGUUAUACCCCGCACACACGCUGCUGCUCAUUUCUGAUCUGAACCGAAAAUAAUUGA